AACCUGCACUCAACAGGUGUCAGACUCCUGGACGUGAAUGUAAGAGCAUAAUGGAAAAGCACAAGAGCUGAACUUUAAGCUUUCCAAUAUAGGAGCCACACAGAGGCUGGUUAGGCUCUGUGGUUCAUGUUACCUGUUGGCACUGACUGGAUGAGUCCAAGAGUCACACACCAAGUGGGAGUGUGUGUGUGCGUGUGUGUGUGUGUGUAUACAGUAUGUGUGUGUCAGCUAAUGGGAAGGGGACAGGGCACCCUCAGGGAGAACAGAUAGGUAAACAAGUGCAGGGCUGUUUCACUUGCUCCGUCACACGGACAACAUACUCACUAAUGAUCUCAACGACAGCCAGCACAGCCGACAUGGUGACACAGGGCAAACUUCAGAUCAACGACGCAGAGCAUGUCGAAGAUAAAAACUCAGGGAGGCUGGGAUGUUUCGGUUGGCUGUUGGUCCUCGUAUCUCUCCUCUUUAUAAUACCAACCUUCCCAGUCUCAUUUCUUCUGUGUAUUAAGAUAGUGAAGGAGUACGAACGAGCUGUCAUUUUUAGACUCGGCCGGAUCACAGACAGAAAACCUAAAGGGCCAGGACUUUUCUUUGUUCUGCCCUGCACUGAUACCUUUGUGAAAGUCGAUCUGAGAACUGUGUCCUUUGACAUCCCUCCACAAGAGAUCCUAACCAGAGACUCAGUGACAGUGUCUGUGGAUGGUGUAGUGUACUUCCGCAUACACUGCCCCAUCUCAUCUGUGGCCAAUGUGUCUAAUGCACACUCAUCUACACGGCUGCUGGCUCAAACGACCCUGAGGAAUGUACUUGGUACCAAAAACCUUGCAGAACUGCUAUCUGACAGAGAGGGCAUAUCACUCAGUAUGCAGGAAGCUCUGGAUGACGCCACCGAUCCGUGGGGCAUUAAGGUGGAGCGCGUGGAGAUCAAAGAUGUGAAGUUGCCUCAGCAGCUGCAGAGAGCCAUGGCAGCAGAGGCAGAAGCCAGCCGGGAGGCCAGAGCGAAGAUCAUUUCUGCAGAGGGAGAGAUGAACGCUUCCAGGGCUCUGAAAGAAGCCUCUCUGAUCAUUGCUGAGUCACCCUCUGCUCUCCAGCUGCGAUACCUGCAGACCCUCAACACCAUCGCAGGAGAGAAGAACUCUACCAUCAUCUUCCCUCUGCCCAUAGAUCUACUGCAGAAUUUUAUGAGGAAGUAGUGAUAUUCUUGUCAUAUAGUUACUGUUACAAGCUUAUGAGGUAUCUUUUUCAGAUGCUGUAUGGUCUAACAGGCCUAGUGUGUUAACUGCCGAACUGCACUCUGCAUUAUUACUUCUUAUAGAAAGUUGUCCUAUCUAAGAAUGGUAAAAUAUAAAAUAGAAUUAAUAAUUAUUAUAUAUUAUGAUAUAUUCACACCAAAACUCACUUUUGCACACUUAUUUUCUUAUUGUGAUUUAAUACUUAAAUACAAAGUGCAACAUAUACAGUAUAGACAUUAGUGUCUCAUCACUAACCACAAUAUUUUAACCAGCUAAGCUACAGUUGCGGUUCUGGAGGAGGACAAAUAAAUAAAUCAGUAAAUGAAAUGCACAAGAAAUGUAAAACAAAGAACAAUACACAACAACCGUAUAAAGACAUGCUUUCAUAUCAACUCAUCCAGAGUGUGAAUUUCUGAAAUACUGAACACAAUCUUUACAACAGAAGUCCUGUAAACAAUCAACAGAAGUACCGACAUCCACAUGAAACACCAUCCCUCUCUGACAUUGGAUGUAAAAUGUAAACAAAACCUCUUUAAUUCUAGUGUCGGACAAACAUUCAGUAAAUGAGUACAAGGUCAUGUCCACAGGACACAGAGGCAAUCAGUGCAAUUGGAGUACCUGAUGGAGAGAAAUAUCAUUUCCACCCUUUCAGAACAUAGUAAAGCCCACCAAAUUAAACAUAAGCAACCUCACCUACAACAGAAUCCUUGUUCAAGCAGAUUUCCACAUUUUAUGUAUGGGGGAGCUGAUUAUUAUAUCAUACUAUAAUAGUAAAGCAAUACUUCUUCAAUGUCUUUGUAUAUAUUUGCUGACUGCACUAUGCUCUUUAAAAUAUUUAUACAUAUUCUGUACAUCCAAAUCAUUUUAUACAAAGGAUAUCUUGCAAAACAGACAGUUGAGCUGAAUGGUUAUGUAAACAUGAGCAAAAGCUUAAAUAAAAGUACAAUAAAUACAGAAAAAAGUUAUGGCAGUUGUUUCCCUUCGAUGACUCGUAAUCCUCCUCAAGACCUGAGAUUAUUCUCUACAAUGAGAAAUGAGGUAACAGCUUGCAGAUUUUCAGAGUUUUCCUACUUGUUUAGAUAAAUCAACAGAUUUUGUAUUUUUCCAUCUCAACAGGAAUUUUGCCAAACAUCAACCUGGAGGUACAAAUAGAGAAUGAAUGUUUAGAAGCCAAAACAAUUUCCCAUCAUAUUUACUCAGCAGGUUUUCUGUGGUGAGUUUCAAAACACAGAAAACAAUCAGCAAUAUAGAAAGGAAUCAUUCGAGUCAGCUGCAAGAGUGUUGAUAAGGUACACUUACAGAAAGAAAAAGAACCAAUGAGACACAAUGAACAUGUUGCAUUUACAUGUGUUCAAGUCAGAAUAUUUUGACUGCAAUGACUGCACCAUUUAUGGCUGAUUCUGCAGCACUUAACUCCAGACAUAUGACACCUACAGUACUUGAUAAAAACAGCUGUGUUUAAUGACUUCCUCUUUGGUGGUUUCUACAGAUCCUGCGCUUUUGGGGGAACUCAUUAUAUUUCCUUAACCCGACUGAAGGUGAGGGGCACCAUCUCACAAAAAAGUGAGAUUCGUCUGCAAUGCACGAUGAUUUAUUUCUUGGUUUCAUUUGAAAAAAAAAAAUCCUGGUCUGUUUCAUUAGGAAAAGAGGUAACUUUCGUUGCCCCUUCACCCCUCUGCUCCAUAUCGUCACACAGGUAAUCCUAAAACAAAAGUCAUUACUGGAAGACAGAACAUGCUUUAAAGAGAGCAAUACAUGUACAGUUUUUACACAAUUAGAAUUAAUACUACAGUUAUAGUGUGUUGGCAGUUCAAUGGAUUUAUGAGUUAUGUUGUUGUAGUCAUACGUUUCAGGUCAAUACUGGUAUCUAGUUGUUCAAGGAAAAUGUAGAAUGGAUGAUUGAGGUUAGAUGUGUAGUCACUCAUACACUACUGAUGUAUGAUAGUUCAGCAUGAAUAGGAUAACAUAUCCCAAAGAAGAAUCCGCACUUUGAGAGUAACGCACUGUAGGUAGUUUUGUGAUUUUACUCAAACUAUUGCCUGUGCCUUGAUAAACAUUGCUGGUGGGAGAGAAUGGACGGCAAAGGCGCUUCUUGUGUUCAUUUUAUACACUUUUGAUGUUUGCUGUGUCUCUUACAUCCAUCGUCCUGAGCGCUGGAUGAGAAGAUGGCGAUGCAGAUGGGAGGCGAAAACAUGGAAAUGAGGCACCUUUACUCUGAUCCUGCUCUCUGAAGUUUACAAUGACCAGGUCUUUCAUCCACUGCAGUAUCACAGCACGUCCGUUGUGUGGGCCGUUCAGAUGGAAUAGAGAAAGAGGAGGCCAGAGAAUUCCCUUUUGAUCAUUAAUACAAUUCUAUAGGUCAGAGAUUAAAAUUCCUCGGGGCUGACUUUGGAAAUGCACCACAUGGCUAAACGGCAUCUUCCCCAAAAAGUAUGUCUACAUAGUGUAAAAUCCUAGUAACAUUCAACAAUAAAAACAAAUCGGGGCUUCCGAUGCCAGAUAAAAGAAAGCGUUUGAUACAAGACCUUCCAUU